UCUGUAAAUAUUCACUACUCUUUCUCUACAAUGGAGUCGGAUAGCAUUCUUGGAUAUCUGCAGAGCAAGACCAUCUUAGUUACUGGAGCCACUGGCUUACUAGGAAUGGUAUUUGUGGAGAAGAUACUAAGGGUUCAACCAAAUAUUGGAAAGCUCUACCUUCUUAUAAGAGCUUCUGAUGCCAACUCUGCCACACAUCGCAUGCGCAAUGAGAUUAUAGAGAAAGAGUUAUUUAGGGUUCUUAGAGAAAAAUGGGGCACAGAUUUUGAAUCCUUCAUUUCAGAAAAAGUAGUUGCUAUUCCUGGAGAUGUAGCUUCUGCAGAAAUAGGAGUGAAAGGAUUUGAAUUGAGGGAACGUAUGUGCAAUGAAAUACAAAUUAUACUUCAUUUUGCAGCAACCGUGGAUUUUAAUGACAGGUAUGAUAUUGCUUUGGAUGUGAAUACAUUUGGGGUUCUGCAUGUGUUGAGCUUUGCGAAGAAGUGUUUGAAACUAGAAAUGCUUGUUCACAUAUCAACUGGUUAGUCUUUG